AUGGCACAACCGGUUACCGUUCUAGUUUGUGGUGCAGGAAAUGGUGGCCAUGUCACAGCGGGUCUCGCUGCGUCACGUGAGAACAUUGAAACGAGGGUGCUCACGCUGUAUCCUGGGAGUGCAGAAAGAUGGACGAACAUCAUGAAGGAGGACACGCUCAGAAUUACAGUGGACGAAGGUGAUAACGGAAAAGGUGAACCGACCGAAUUCAAUGUUCAACUGCGUUCCAUUACCAAAGAUGCAUCGAAGGCGGUUCCAGGAGCAGAUGUCAUAAUUUUUACAUCUCCAGCAUUUGCCCAUCAAAGCUACCUCGAAGCCAUUGAACCAUACAUUCAGCCGAACACCACCAUUGUUGGAAUGCCCGGUCAGCCUGGCUUUGUGUUCCAGGUGUUUGAUGUGCUUAAGGACAAGGCCAAGCAGUGUGUCAUCAUGUCUUUUGAGUCUUUGCCUUGGGCUUGUAGGAUCGCAGAGUUCGGCAAAUGUGUUCGUGUCUUGAUGGUAAAGGUAAACCUCAUGGGAUGCAUAAUUCGAGGUCAGAGCAAGCCUUCAUAUGAUCCAAUGGAAGCUCUUCAGAGAGUGAUGGGAAAAGCGCCUAUUCUUACUGUGGCAAACAAUUACAUCGAGCCAAUUCUGGCCACCAAGUCUAUCAUCCACCCUCCGAUAAUGUACGGCAAGUGGAAGGAUUGGGAUGGUAAGCCACUUGACAAGAAGCCCCUUUUCUACCAAGGGCUUGACGAAGAUCAAGUUCGUUACCUUGGUGGUGUUAGCGACGAGUUAGUAGCCACGGCUAAAGCAAUUGCGACACAGAGGCCGGAAGUGAAUCUUUCCGGUGUCCUUCAACUUUACGACUGGUACCUCCGAGACCAUAAACCUUACAUUCGAGAUUCAACCAGUCUCAAGACUGUCAUGCAGACAGACACAGCAUAUGACGGUCUCGUCCAUCCAAUGAAGGAAACAGAAGAUGGCAAAUUUGUUCCAGACUUUCGCUACAGGUACUUGAGCGAGGACGUACCAUACGGCUUGGUGGUGACCAAAGGGCUCGCCCAGAUCGCUGGAGUCCCCACCCCCUACCAUGAUGAGGUGAUAACCUGGUGUCAGACACAGCUGGGCAAGGAGAUCAUUGUUGGAGAUGAGCUGAAGGGGAAAGACGUGAACGGUACAAGAUGUCCCCAACGUUAUGGUAUCAACUCCCUGGAAGCUCUUGUCACAUCCAUUACACUGUAA